AUGAGCUCAAAUCACCGCCCACUUGAUGAAUCGGACAUUUUACUCAUCCACACUAUACGCGACACGCCGUCGCUCUACGACCCGCAGCUCCCGUCCUUCCGGCUUUCGCAGCGCAAGGAGGAGGACUGGGCGAGGGUGGCCGAUGUGCUUAACAUCUCUAUAAUGGAUGCCCGGCGUCGUUGGACUUGCCUGCGGGACCGAUACUCGCGGGAGCUGAAGCAAAAGCGCCUUCACCCAAGUGGCGAGUUUGGACACAAUGACUUUUUUCGGAAGAUGGAUUUCCUGCGGUCCUUCGUGCGGAAGCGACGUGAGAGGCGAGGGCGAGAUAGAGAACGUGACAUAAAAGUAAAGAACACCCGGGGGCGGCGGGUUUGGAUAUCAUCAGUUGGUCUGCCUUUGGAAAAUGAUGCAAUAAUCGAAGAGCCGAGCUCCCAUGAGUUCGAGGAGGAGCAGCACUAUGACGCCAAACUGGAAGUCCAAACAACACAGUCUGAGACGUACUCUGUGCUCGUAGAAGCGGAUGAGGGCCAAGAGGCUGACCAGGAAAGUUUCAAGGAAUUCCUUGAUCCGGAAUCUGAGCACAAGACUAUGGAGUCCCACACUGUCGUUUUACACCCUGAGACAACACCUUUGAAAGGGCCUUCACCUGCGGUUGAAGGGGUCGAUUCUGCUCAUGGCGAUUUAAACUACGUAGUGUGCAUGCCAAACGUGAAUCAGGAAAGAAAGCAGUUCACCACUGAAUCAGUUACUCCUGUAGCUUCGACGUCAGUCCAGAGUUGCUCGGAAACUGAAGACGACUUCUUUUGCAAGUCUAUUGCAGCCUAUCUGCGGCAGUUGUCGCGCGUUCACAAGAUCAAGGCCAAGGUGGAAAUGUACCAAAUCCUGGAGAAGUACAUACUUCUGGAAGAGAGUGGGAGGGCGGGGUCAGGCUGAACAGGUGGCUACGCAAAUGCAUGUGUAGCUGCUUGUGUAUAUAGUUUUUAACGUAGUUUUUAAUGCAGUACAAAUAUACAAAGUGACAAAAA